AUGGCAAAUGAUGCGGCUGCAUGUGCAGAAAGAGCUACAAAUGAUAUGUUGAUUGGUCCAGACUGGUCUAUCAACAUUGAGUUGUGUGACAUUAUCAACAUUGAUCCUAGUCAAGCGAAAGAAGCAGUGAAGGUGCUCAAGAAACGGUUUGCAAGUAAAAACCCUAAAGUUCAGAUUCUUGCACUUUACGCAAUGGAAACUUUAAGUAAGAACUGUGGCGAGAAUGUGUACAAGCUAAUCAUUGACCGUGACAUCUUGUUAGAUAUGGUCAGAACAUUGAAGAAAAAGCCGGACGUGAACGUGAGGGAAAAGAUACUAACUUUGCUAGAAACAUGGCAAGAAGCUUUUGGUGGACGUUACCCACAAUACUACAAUGCUUAUAAUGAACUCAAGUCUGCUGGAAUCGAGUUUCCACCUCGAACGGAACGUAGUCCAUCGUUCUUUACUCAACACAUUGUAGAGGAAGAUGAUGCUUCUAGCCUCAUCUUGGAAGGGAUUCAAAGCGCUGAGGGAUCAGUUGACGUUUUGAUGGACAUGCUUAGAGCGCUUGAUCCCAAGAACCCGGAGGGUUUGGAAGAAGAACUAAUAGUUGACCUAGUCGAGCAGUGUCGUGCUUAUCAAAGACGUGUAAUGACUCUUGUGAACACUACAACAGAGGAGGAGCUUCUGUGUCAGGGAUUGGCACUGAACGAUAAUCUGCAGCGUGUUCUUCAGCGUCACGAUGAUAUUGCAAAGCUCGGCUCUGUUUCUUCAAAUGGAAUGAAUACAAAUACUAUAGCUCGAGGAGGUAGUGAUUCAGGUAUGGUGGAUUUCCUUAGUGGUGAACCUCAAGGAGUAAUAAAGCCUCCUCCUGCUGCUUCGUCUUCGGAUCCAAUUCCGAAAAGAAAAUCACCUGAGCAAUUACCUCCUCCGGUGGUGAUGAGGAAUCUUCCACCGCCGCCUUCAAGGCACAGCCAGAGGCAACAGUUCUUUGAGCAUCAUCACUCCAGUAGCGGCUCUGAUUCCUCAUACGAGGAGGGUUUUGUUGGACAGAACAGAAACCUCUCUCUGACUACCUCUGCAGCUAGAGAGCCAAAGAAAGAAGAGAAGCCAGAGGAUGUACUUUUCAAAGACUUGGUUGAGUUUGCCAAAACCAGGUCCUCCAAGCCCAACAAAUAG